AUGACAAAACACCCAUCCAUUUCAUGUGUUUUAUUAUUUAUUUUCCUUGUAUUAUUGUCUGUUGUCACAGUAUGUGGGAACCUUCUGGUUAUUAUCUCUGUCAUUUACUUCACACAGCUGCACACUCCUACAAACUAUCUUAUUCUCUCUGUGGCUGUUGCUGACCUGCUUGUGGGCAUUAUAGUCUUUCCUCUAAGCAUGGCAUUUUCUCUGAGCUCAUGUCUGUAUCAUGAGGAUUUAUUUUACAGAUAUUAUGCAGUGUGUCAGCCCCUGCUGUACAAAACUAAAGUCAACCAUCGUACUGUUGUGAUCAUGAUCCUGGUCAGCUGGGGGGGUUCUGCUCUGAUUGGGAUUGGUAUCUUAAUUGCUGGAUUGAACAAUGAAAAAUGUGAUGAAAGAUGUUUUGUAAAUAUGCUUAUGGAAAAAACUAUUGGAUCUAUUUUAUCAUUUUACUUCCCGGUGAUCAUUAUGCUCUGCAUCUACCUCAAGAUUUUCCUCGUGGCACAGAAACAGGCUCGUAGAAUCCAGAUCAAACCCAGCCAGAGCGCAAAGUCUGGAGUAACUAUCAGUAAAAUGGAAAGAAAGGCCACUAAAACUCUGGCUAUUGUUUUGGGAGUUUUUCUCUUAUGUUGGACUCCUUUCUUUCUCUGCAUCACCUUCUCUCCUUUAAGUGAUAACUCAGUUCCAGUCCCUGUCAUUGAAACACUUAACUGGCUUACACUGUUAAAUUCAAUGCUUAAUCCUUUUAUUUACGCUUUCUUUUACAGCUGGUUCAGAUCAGCUUUCACUAUUAUAAUUUCUGGAAAAAUGUUUAGAGGUGAUUUCACAAACACAAGACUGCUAAAAUAG